AUGGCAAGCCCACGACCUAAUACACAUAGAACCCCAGACCAGCGUGACCCAAUCUCUAGCAAUACUCGGGAUAAGGCUCAAGCUGCUAAAGAUUAUAUAGAGAAAAAAUAUUCUCGGCUUAAGAAAACAGAAGAAUCAAGAAAAGAAGAAUGGCAAGAACUCAACGUCAAAAUGGCUGAAUUAAAGCUUUCGAACACUGAACAGAACUUAAUUCGCCAAGAAAUCAUGCAUAAAGAAGCAGAACAGCUUCGUAUGGGUCGUCAAAAAAUAUGCCAAUUGGCAUAUAAAUAAAAUUUAAAAAAAAUUUAGCUUUUUAUUAUUUUGAAGUAAAAAAUAGACUACGAGCUUUUCUUUAGCCAUACUUAUAAAUGCAUUUUAGCAUAACAAUUUACGAUUUCGAACCAAUUUCUGUCAUAGGGAAAGGUGCAUUUGGAGAAGUCCGAGUUGUCAGAAACAAAAACACUGGCGAAAUCCUCGCUAUGAAGAAAAUGAACAAAUCCGAAAUGGUCUACAAAAACCAAAUCCAGCACAUCCGAGCUGAGAGAGAUGCUCUAGCUUCAUCAAACAACCCCUGGAUUGUGAGUCUCAAAAACUCUUUUCAAGACGAAAAAUACUUAUACCUUGUCAUGGAGUAUUUACCAGGUGGUGAUCUUAUGAAUUUACUUAUAAAGAAAAAUGUCCUUACAGAGCCAGAAGCUAGAUUUUAUAUCGCAGAAACCAUACUAGCUGUCGAUUCUGUCCACAAGAUAAAUUAUAUACAUAGAGAUUUAAAGGUAAAACACGAUUUUCCCUAUAAUUAAAUAUACAAAAAAGAAAAUUGUGGUAUUUUUUAUGUAAAAAAAUUAAACCUGAUUUAAAGCCUGACAAUAUUCUGCUUGACUCCCGAGGACACGUAAAACUUUCCGAUUUUGGCCUAUCAAAGCACGUCGAACUCUCCGGAGAAAAUGUCCAGAAACUUGAAGACGACGAUUUAUAUAUAGAAAAGCUUGGAAAACGAGCUGAAGCCAGAAGGAACAGGAAACUUGCCUAUUCAACUGUGGGGACUCCUGAUUACAUUGCUCCUGAAGUAUUCAGUAAAGAAGGCUACUGUGAAGCUGUCGACUGGUGGUCUGUAGGUGUAAUUUUAUUUGAAAUGCUUGCCGGAUAUCCUCCAUUUUUCGCUGACAAGCCUGCAGACACCUGCCAUAAAAUUUUAGCUUGGAAAAAGCAUUUUUCGAUCCCAAGAGAAGCGAGGAUUUCUCCUAUUGCUUCUGACCUUAUAAGGAAACUUAUAUGUCAGCCUGAAGACCGCCUUGGAAAUAGAGGGGUAGAAGAAAUAAAAUCUCAUCCUUUUUUCAAUGGGGUUAAUUGGGAAAACAUCAGAAACCUUGAAGCUCCAAAUGUCCCUGAGCUCAGCAGUGAAAUCGACACCAGCAAUUUUGACAAAAUUGAAGAAAAUGAGCCAUUUUACCCACCUGAGAGCUCGAGAAAAAAGAAACAGAGAAAAGACGCGAAUUUUAUUGGGUAUACCUAUAAGAGAGAUAUAGAAAACCAAAGGAAUGGCUUAGUGACUGCUUUAGUGGAGCUUGACGCUAUAAAGAAAACGACGCAAAGACAAGUUUUGAAGUCUCCAAGCAAUGGGAGAGAAGUAUUAAAAUCGCCGAGUAAUACAAGAGAAGUAUUAAAGUCUCCUACAAAUAUACUGAGAUCACCAGUUAAUGCAAGAAUUAUGAAGAAGUAA